UCUCCAGUUCGACAUGCAGAGUAUUACUUUGAGGACGGGAACUUGGUCAUCCUGGUCGAGAACACCCUAUUCAGGCUGUUCCGCUCGACGUUCACGAGACAUUCUGUUGUAUUCAAGGACCUCUUCAGCCUUCCUACGGGCCCCAACUUGGGCCAGCCCAUAGAAGGCGACGACGACACGAACCCGCUCACCUUCUCCGGCAUCUCUGCGACCGACUUCGAACGCCUACUUUGGGUUCUCUAUCCUCCCGAUUUUAACACCCCAAAACCCACCUCCGCGGCCGAAUGGCACUCCAUCCUCUCCCUCGCAUCACGCUGGGAGCUCGCCUCCGUGCGCGCGCUCGCACUACGCCAGCUCCAAUCCCUCGCUCUGCCUGCAGUCGACCGUGUCCUCCUCGCGCGAGAGUUCGAUCUCGGCGGACGCUGGGCGCUCGCCGCGUACACCGCGCUCUGCGAGCGCCCGCAGCCGUUGUCGCUCGACGAGGCGGCACGGCUGGGGCUCGCGACCGCGACGCGCGUGGCACAGGUACGGGAGGAACUGCAG